GGUGGUCUUGCUGUCGCUCUCAAACGAGCCAAACAAGAUGCGCUCUCGGCCAAAGCAUGAGGCUGCCACUUUCUUGAAAAAGAGGGCUUCGAUUGAAGAUGAAUAUGGGAGAAUGAUGAUAAAAUUGGCCAAAAGUAUGCAAGAAAGUCAUCAUUUAAGCGAUACAAAACGAGGUUCAUAUGGCGAUAACUGGAUUAACAUGAUAAAACUACAUGAAUCAAUUGGUGAAAAUCGGGUAAAAUUUGCGGCGGCAAUUCAAGAGAUAUCAGAAGAAGUUUCUGUGUUGCAUAAGGAGGCAGAGAAGAGUCGAAAAAAU